AUGCAAGGAUUUCGACUGUUUAUAUUUAUUAUUUUAUUUCUACGUAGUGUUUGCUGUUUUCCACAAUAUAAACCUGGCGACUUGGCACCCUCUUUUGUAAUUCAAACUGAAAGUGGCAAAUUUGUUUACAAAGAGAAGGCAUCAAAUGACAGCAAGAAUUCUAAUCCAAUUAUAUUCUGUGCAUUUAACAAGCAUUCUGCAUUUUUGAGAGCUUUAUGGACUGAAGAGGGCUCAGUAAGGCGGUUACUUGAGCGAUCGCCUCGAAACACUCGGUAUGUUUUCCUCUCUCUUUCGGAGAAUGCAAAACAUGAUGUGGAAUAUAUGCAGAAGAAAAUUUUUGGUGAAAUGACAAAAUUGUAUAAUGAGAAGAAAGAUAA